AAGUGCGUCCUGGUGGCCACAGAGGGUGCGGAGGUCCUCUUUUACUGGACAGAUGAGGAAUUUGAAGAGAGUCUGAGGCUGAAGUUUGGGCCAGAGGAUGAUGGAAAAGAGUUCAUGACAGUUCCAGAAAGUCUCGGUAUGUGAAUAAUUCAACACACGUUUGCCUAUCUGGAGGGAUGUUCAGUCACAGAUCUUCAGUGAGAACCUCCCACGUGCCGGUCUCUGGGGAAAGCAGUGCAUGCGACCCUGCUCCUGAAAGGCGACCCAGUAGACACCAUGAGCUCAGGGAGUGAGAGGGUCUGAAAGUUCGACCAGAUUCUGCAGCCCUUGGGCACGGACCUUGGCUCCUGAAUGUUGGAAAUGUUGGAAGAAAAUCAGCUGCUGCACGGUGCUGUGUCCCGCUCAUGGCCUCAGGCCAGUUGCCUAUUUUGCUUCUCAAGGCAACGUCUUACCCAGUCCUUGUAGAUUGCACCAGCUCCAAGUUUGGACUCUCCUUUCUCCAUGUUUCAGUCAAGUCCCUGGAAAUCAGCGUUUUCCUCCCUUCUUUUCAUUCCAGUAUGUGAAUUUGAGCUAUUACUAUUCCACUGGCUUUAUCCCGUCCUGUUCGCAGAUUUUCAACUUCCUGCCCUGGAGGACCAGCUCAGCACCCUCCUAGCCCCGGUCAUCAUCUCCUCCAUGACAAUGCUGGAGAAGCUCUCAGACACAUACACCUGCUUCUCAACAGAAAAUGGCAACUAUCUCUAUGCCCUUCACCGGUUCAGAGAAUGCCUGUUCAUCGCCAUCAACGGAGACCACACAGAGGACGAGGGGGACCUGCGGCAGAAGCUGCGUGUGCUCCAGUUCCUGUUCGAGGUGCACUUCGGGCUUGUCACCGUGGAUAGCCAGCUCCUCCGAAAGGAGCUGCGGCCCCCAGACCUGGAGCAGCGCGUCCGGGUGUGGGAGCACUUCCAGGGCCUGCUGCUGACCUACAGCCGCCUGCGGGAGCAGGAGCAGUGUUUCGCUGUGGAGGCUGUAGAGCGGCUGAUUCACCCUCAGUGCUGUAAGCUGUGCAUAGAAGCGCUGGAGCGGCACGUCGUCCAGGCUGUGAACUCCAGCCCCGCACGGGCGGGCGAGGAGGCCCUGCACGCCUUCCUCCUCGUGCACUCCAAGCUGCUGGCUUUCUACUCCAGCCACAGUGCCAGCUCCCUGCGCCCAGCCGACCUCCUCGCCCUCAUUCUCCUGGUUCAGCACCUCUACCCCAGCAAGAGCGCCGCGGAGGAGGAGGACGAUGACUCUCAGCCUUCCCCACGGAGGCCGUGCGGCAGCCAGAGCAUCGCCCUGCGGCAGGACUGGAGCCCUGGUUCCUCAGGCCCUGCCAGGAGUUCUGCAAGGACUGAGACAGACAGCUUCUCCCUCCCUGAGGAGUACUUCACCCCAGCUCCUUCCCCAGGGGAGCAGAGCUCAGGUUCAGGUAGCACCGUCUGGCUGGAUGGGGAAACCCUGCCCGCCGAUGCUUCCUCCAUCCAGAUAGGAGAAGACACACUCCAAAUGCUGAUCUCUGACUCCCCAGCACCUUCCUGCCCCAGAAGGAUUUUCCUCGAGGCCAAUGUGAAAGAGAGCUACUGCCCCAUGGUGCCCCACACCAUGUACUGCCUGCCCCUGUGGCCGGGCAUCAACAUGGUGCUCCUGACCAAGGCCCCCAGCACUACACUGGCCCUGGUCCUGUGCCAGCUGCUGGAUGGGUUUUCCCAGCUGGAGGCGAAGCUGAAGGAGGGGCAGGAGGCCCGGAGCUCCCUGCGGUCCCACCCGCUCGUUGGGGACUUGCGCCAGAGGAUGGACAAGUUUGUCAAGAAUCGUGGGGGACAGGAGAUUCAGAGCACCUGGCAGGAGUUCAAGACCAAGGCCUUCUCCAGGAGUGAGCCUGCAUCGUCCGGGGAGCUGCUCCAGCUGUGCCGGAAGGUGAAGCGGCAGCUCUGCGCCCUCUACCGGCUGAGCUUCCUGAGCGCGGCUCCGGGGCUGGGAGGCCCACAGCUGCCCCAGCACCUGCAGGACCGGGUCCAGAUGCUCAUGCAAGAAAAGCUGAUGGACUGGAAGGACUAUGUGUUGGUGAAGAGCCGGAGGAACACCACCUUGAUGAACUACCUGGAAGACUUCCCGGGCUUGGUGCACUUCAUCUACGUGGACCGCACAACCGGCCAGAUGGUGGCCCCUUCUCUCAGCAGCAGUGAAGGGACCUCAUCGGAGCUUGGCAAGGGGCCCCUGGCUGCCUUCAUCAGAACCAAGGUCUGGGCUCUGAUCCGGCUGGCACGCAGGUACCUGAAGAAGGGCUACACCACGCUGCUGUUCCGCGAGGGGGACUUCUACUGCUCCUACUUCCUGUGGUUCCAGGACGAGAUGGGGUACAAACUGCGGAUAACCGAGGUGCCUGUCCUUUCCGACGACUCGCCUCCCGUGGGCAUGCUGGGAGGAGACCACUACAGGAAGCUCCUGCGCGACUACAGCAAGGACCACCCGGCUGAGGCCGUCAGGUGUCAGGAGCUGCUGGCCCUCCACCUGUCCGUCAUCCCCACCGACGUGCUGGUGCAGCAGGCGGGCGAGCUGGCCCGGCGCCUGUGGGAGGAGUCCCGCGUGCCCCUGCUCUAGCCGGGCACAUGCCCACGCAGUGGUUCUGCAGCCCCUCCCUGCUCAGCCAUCCCCAUGCAAGAGCCUCCUCCCCGUGCGGCCUCCUGAGGACAGUGCUGUCCCCAGGGCAGCCCCGUGGUUUCUUCUCUUCAUUUCUUCUUGUGUUUGUUUUCUUCUGUUCCCUCCCCCAGCAUUUCAUACAGAAGCCUCACCUAGCGCAGCCUCCACUCCAGACAGUGACCAGACCUCUGAUGCUUCCUUCUGGAGGCGGAGGGAGGCCGGGAGGUUCCUUUGGUCCCCCCAGCAGUGGCUGUGAGGUUAGAGCGGCCUCGGAAUACACCCAGCAGACAGGGAGGAAGUCCCCGGCUCUGCCCCGUGUCGGAGUGACGACGCGCCCCAGGACGCUGUUCCCUCGGCAGAUGACAGCUGCUCCUGGCCGGGGUGAGCCCAGGCCUGCACCGCGUUCUGAGCUCUGGGCAGCUCCCGGACUGCACCUGCCUCCCGAGUCGAGUGACAGCACCUCCCUUUCAGGGUGUUUGUGAGGGCUGCUGGCCGCAGACAGUGUUCAAUAAAUGGUGGUUAGUUGCU